ACAUUUCUUUUUCAGCGAAAGUUUGUCAGUGAAAUCAAGAGAUGUGAAGAGAUGGAGAGGAUUCUGGGAUAUCUUCUGAAGGAAAUUAAAAAAGAAGACAUCCCACUGCCAGAAGAGGAGGUGAACCCAGCUGCACCAUUACCCAAACAUGUGAUGGUCAUAAUGGAGCAACUUCAGAGACUGGAACUGGAGCUGAGUGAGGUCACCAGAAACAAGGAGAAACUCCAGAAGAACCUUCUAGAACUGACUGAGUACACACACAUGCUGCACAUCACACGCAACUUUGUGCACCGCAGUGCAGAGAGAGAGCCGUCGCGGGUCCAGUAUGAAGAGUUUCCCUUCCUAGAGAAAGAACCAAUGAUGGACUACACCAGCAUGCAGAGGCUUGGAGCCAAGCUUGGGUUCAUUUCUGGGCUGAUCCAGAGCGUAAAAAUCGAGGCAUUUGAGCGAAUGCUCUGGAGAGUGUGUAAGGGCUACACCAUCCUCAACUACUCUGAGGUAGACGGACUUCUGGAGGACCCUGAUACGGGGGAGCCAACCAGGAGUGUGGUGUUCCUCAUCUCUUACUGGGGAGAUCAGAUUGGACAGAAAGUUAAGAAGAUUUGUGACUGCUACCACUGUCACCUGUACCCAUACCCCAACAGUAAUGAGGAGAGGACAGAUGUGGUGCAGGGGCUCCAUACACGCAUUCAGGACUUGCACACGGUUCUUCACCGUACUGAGGACUAUCUGAGGCAGGUGUUGAUCAAGGCCUCAGAGUCUGUGUACAUUUGGGUGAUCCAAGUUAAGAAAAUGAAGGCCAUAUAUCACAUCCUCAACCUCUGCAGUUUUGAUGUCACAAACAAGUGCCUCAUAGCGGAGGUCUGGUGUCCCGUGAAUGAUCUGCCCGCACUUCGGAGAGCUCUAGAAGAUGGAUCGAGGAAGAGUGGAGCCACAGUUCCCUCAUUUGUCAAUCGUAUCCCGAGCAACGACACUCCACCAACCCUCAUACGCACCAACAAGUUUACCUCAGGCUUUCAGAAUAUAGUGGAUGCCUACGGCGUAAGCAGCUACAGAGAGGUCAAUCCAGGUGAGAGGAUAGCGAUAAAAAAAACACUACAUUUUAACAUUAAUAUUGACUUCAUAAACCUCGGGCAUGGCGUCAUCAUGGCACUGUUUGCUCUGUGGAUGGUUCUCUAUGAGAAUGACCGCAAACUGAAGAAAACCAGAAAUGAGAUCUGGAACAUUUUUUUCGAGGGCCGUUACAUCAUCCUAUUGAUGGGUAUAUUUUCAGUCUACACUGGGUUAAUCUACAAUGACUGCUUCUCCAAGUCACUCAACCUGUUUGGCUCUGGGUGGAACGUCCGUGCCAUGUAUGAUCAUGGAGGCUGGAAUGAACACGUGGUCAGAUCAAAUAGCUUCCUUGCACUGGAUCCAAAUGUCACAGGAGUCUUUAACGGGCCAUAUCCUCUGGGCAUUGAUCCGAUCUGGAACCUGGCGUCAAACCGUCUCACCUUCCUGAACUCCUAUAAGAUGAAGAUGUCUGUGAUCGUAGGAAUAAUCCACAUGACUUUUGGAGUCGUCCUUGGUGUUUUCAAUCACCUGCACUUCAGACGGACAUUCAAUCUGUACCUGAUAUUUCUGCCUGAGCUGCUCUUCCUGUUGUGCCUCUUCGGCUAUCUGGUCUUCAUGAUCAUUUAUAAGUGGCUGUUUUUCACAGUCAGAGACUCUCAGACAGCUCCCAGCAUUCUCAUCCACUUUAUCAACAUGUUCCUGAUGCAGGGGGACUCCAGUCAAACCCUCUACCCAGGACAGGCCGGGUUUCAGGUGUUCCUGGUGAUUGUGGCCGUGCUCUCUGUGCCAGUGUUACUAUUGGGCAAACCGCUCUACCUCUACUGGCAACACAAGGGCAGAGACCGCCUGAGCAUGUACCGGGGUUAUCAGCGUGUACGGCGGAGCAGUGAGGAGGAGUUCUCUCUCAUGCAUGCUCAUGAUAUGGAGGAGGGCACCAGUCUGGACAGCCACUCCUGCAGCUCUGACAGCCAAUCAGAGGAGUUUGAUUUUGCAGAUGUCUUCCUCCAUCAGUCCAUCCACACUAUAGAGUACUGCCUGGGUUGCAUCUCUAAUACUGCGUCUUACCUCCGCCUGUGGGCUCUCAGCCUGGCACAUGCCCAGCUCUCUGAAGUGUUGUGGGCAAUGGUGAUGCGGGUCGGUCUGCGUGUGGACACCAGGGUGGGCAUUGUGUUUCUGGUGCCUGUUGUUGGUCUGUUUGCUGUCCUCACUGUAUCCAUCCUGCUGGUGAUGGAGGGACUUUCAGCCUUCCUUCAUGCUCUCAGACUCCACUGGGUGGAGUUUCAGAAUAAGUUCUACAGCGGCACUGGCGUCAAGUUUGUACCGUUUGCCUUCUCUCUCUUGCACACCAGCUUUGAAAAUGAGGGGCUGUUAUGAACUAUGAGAUGCUAAAGACCAGACCAGAGCGGAUCUGUGAGCUUCAUUUGAACAGAUUUACAUACAGUGGUGUUGCACUACAUGCCAAAGUGGUCCAGCCAAAUACUCUUUAGGGAUUAUAUGGAGAUACCAGAUCAGCAUUGACAUACUGAGCCACAUCAGAUGCUUGAUCAGUUUAGGACAUGCAACCAUAUCAUAAACACACUGAGAUAAAGCAACCGCUCUGGACUGUAAAUAGGACUCUCAAGUGCUUUUAAAAAAAAAAAAAUGUAUAUCUGUUGAAUAUAUUAACUCUUCACAGAAGUGCUGGUUGUGAAUAUCUUUUUUCUACCAUGUUGCCUGUUGGCUAUGCAGAGAUGGUCGACUCUCCAUAGCUGAGCACAUUCCAUGAGUGACUUCAAGGUUUAACUUUUAUGUCAGUUUGCAGUAGAGCAAGUGAAUUUUUAACUGCUUGUGUAAAUUCCAGCAUUUUCAUCCUGCUGCGUUCAUCCUCCACAGUGUUGAAACAUGAUUGCGGCUCAUUCAUAGUGUUGAAUGGUACUGUGCUUGGAUAACAACAGAUGUAAUGCAUUCGGGCACAGUAUUUGUCAGAUGUUGGCAACAAUUACUUGCUUAAAUGUUGCACUAAAUUUGUUCAUUCUUAAUGCUGAUUAGCCCAGAUCUUGUUUCUGUUGGGUCGUAUAGAUAGAACUUCAUGAGGCUCUGUUUCAAAUCCUGCUGCAGCUGAUCUUCUUUGUGUUUGAAAAAUCUCCUCAAGAACCCCUGCUAGCCCACAGGAAGCUCAGAUAUUUCUAAGUGCCUAACAUGCUGAAUGCAUUCUGAUGGGUGGGUGGUGGAUUGAAUUUUUCAGAUGACGUCAUUUAGAACUUAAUUAAUUUGAUGAAAUGCAUUGAAUUGUGUUGCUGUUCAGGGCAAAGCUUAAAGGCUGAGAGUUGUGAAACUCUCAAAGUCAAUUAAUUUUAAUUGUAUUGUAAAUGGAGAUGUUUUUAGUGAUUUUAACUCACAGAUCUGUUCAGUUACUCUGUUCUGCCUCUCCAGAAUGUUGUUGUUGUUUUUUUUUUAAACUCAUGAAUUCGAUGUGAGAUUUUGGUGUGUGGAUUGUGAGCUACUGAAUUCAUUCCGGUUUUUGUUUUAAUUAUUUAUUAACAGUACUCCUCUUGAUUUCUAUCUAUCGUUUCAGUUUGUGCAUUGUUUAGGUAAUUUACAUUCCACAUUUUGCAUAUCUCUAUAUUAUCAUUACACAAUAAAAUCAAGCCUGUGAA